GAUGAUAACGCCUCACAGCUGAACAGCGAGCUGCUGUACCGUGAGGACGGACGCAGGGAUCUGUGUGUCAGUCUGUACUCACUGAUGCCGGACACGCCAGACACAGAGUUUGCUAGAGAGAUGAGUGAUCUUCAGAGUGAGGUCCGAUAUAAAGAGGACGGGAGGAAGAAGCUGUCGUGUAGUCUGUACUCUCAGCUGCCAGACACGACUGACACGCAACACGCCAAACGCAUGACGGAUCUGCAGAGCGACAAUAAAUACAAAGAAGCUGGCAGAAAAAACGCUUCCACAUGUCUGUACUCACAACUGCCUGAAACCCUGGAGACUCAACACGCUAAAGACGCGUACCAGCUACAGAGCCAGGUGACGUAUAAGGAGGGUCAGACGUGUGCGUCCAGCUCUCUGUUCUCCACGCUGGCGGACACUCUGGAGACUCAGUCUGCCCGAGAGAUCACAGAGACCAUCAGCGAGAAUAAAUACCGCGAGCAGAGCAGGAAGAGCAUCAGCAGCUGCAUUUACUCUCAGCUUCCUGAAACUCCAGAGACUGAGUUCAGCAGGAGCGUCUCUGAGCUGCAGAGUCAGGUGAAGUAUAAGGAGGCCAGUAAGCAGCAGAUGAGCAGAUCUCUGUACCAUCAGCUCCCAGAGACUUCAGAAACUCAACACGCUCGAGACGCCGCUCACAUCCAGAGCGAGGUGAAGUAUAAAGAGAAGGUAAACUCCUCGUCUCUUUACUCACGUCUGCCGGAGACGCCAGAGACUCGACUGGCCAGAGAGCUGACGGACGUCUGCAGCGAGGUCAGAUACAAAGAGGACGGGAGGAGGGACGUGUCGUCCUGUCUGUACUCACAUCUGCCCGAGACGCCGGAGACGCAGUUCGCCAAACAGCAGACUGAGCUCCAGAGUCAGAAUCAGUACCGGAGAGAGACGCAGGAGGAUCUGUCUCACUGUCUGUACUCACAGCUGCCCGAGACGCUGCACACACAGUUUGUGAAGGAGCUGACGCCGCUCAUCAGUGAGAGCAAAUACAGAGAGUCUGGGAAGAAGGAGAGCAGCACGGCUCUGUAUCACACACUCCCAGAAACCAAAGACACGCAACACGCCAGAGACGCCACACAGAUCCAGAGCGAGGUCAGAUAUAAAGAAGGGAAGAGGCUGCAGUCGUGCAGUGUUUACUCUCAGCUGCCGCAGACGCCGCAGACUCAGCUCGCUGCCAGAGUCUCUGAGCUUCAGAGCGAUAACAAAUACAGAGAGGACGGCAGGAGGAGCGUCUCCAGCUGCCUGUAUUCUCAGCUGCCCGAGACUCCAGACACGCAGUUUGUCCGAACAGUGACCGACCUGCAGAGCGACAGUAAAUAUAAAGAGGCAGGAAGGAAGCAGGCGUCCGGUGCGCUGUAUUCUCUGCUGCCCGAGACUCUGGAGACUCAACAUGCCAAAGAUGCCACGGACCUCCUGAGUCAGACGAAAUACAAGGAGGAGGCGAAGAAAGAGGCUUCUGUCAGUCUGUACGCUCUUCUGCCAGAGACGACUGAGACUCAACACGCCAAACACGCCUCUGAACUCCUGAGCGAGAAUAAUUACAAGCGGAGCGGUAAACAAGAGAACAGCAGCAGUAUUUAUUCUCAGAUGCCGCAAACACAGGAAACACAGUUUGCCAAACAGAUGGCAGAGCUUCAGAGUGAUAAUCAGUACCGGAGAGAGACGCAGGAGGAUCUGUCUCACUGUCUGUACUCACAGCUGCCCGAGACGCUGCACACACAGUUUGUGAAGGAGCUGACGCCGCUCAUCAGUGAGAAUAAAUAUAAGGAGGAUGGAAAGAAGGAGCUGCAGAAGUGCCUGUACGCCCAUCUGCCCGAAACCAGUGAAACACAACACGCCCGAGAGCUGACACAACUCUACAGUCAGAAGAGCUAUAGAGACUCUCUGGACACUCAGGUGUGUUUGUACGCUCAGAUGCCACAGACCAUCGAGACGGUGUUCGCUAAAGAAGUGUCCAAACAACAGAGUGACAAACUCUACAAAGAGAAGUUUAAUUCAGAGAAAGGCAAAUCAAACUACUCACAGAUGAAGGAUCUGCCAGAUGUCUCACAUGCCAUACAGGUCAACAAACACCAGAGCAAUGUGGCGUAUCGCCGAGGGAAAGAGGAACUUCAUAAAUUCAGUGAGGUGAUGGACAGACCUGACAUCAGGACCGCCACACACGCCAGUAAACUCGCCAGUGACGUGGCCUACAGAAGUAAACUGGAUGCGUUUGACCAGCGAGCAAUGCUGGAGCGACCCGACAUACAACACGCCCAAGAGGCCACGCGACUGGCCAGUCAGGUCAACUACAAGCAGAAGUUUGAGAAGAAUCUGAGAGAACAGAAGCCGCAGUACAACCCCAGCGAGUGUGUGAGCUUCAGACAUAUACAGGCCGCAUCGGCUCUGGCCAGUCAGGUGAAGUACAGUCAGAAGAAGCUGCAGGCCGUCACUGAUUUACCCAACCUGCUUCAUCUGGGUCACGCGCUCCACGCCAGCAAACUACAGAGCAACGUGGAGUACAGGAAGAAGUAUGAGGAGUCUAAAGGCCAGUACCUCUUCGCUCUGGACACGGCUGAACAGCGCCACCAUCAGGAGAACGCCGUGCUGCACAGUCAGUGGAAAUAUAAAGAGGAAUACGAGAAGAACCGAGGGAAGUCGCAGAUGGAGUUUGUGGACACACAGACGUAUAAAGUGUCAAAGGAAGCGCAGAAGAUGCAGAGCGAGAAGGAGUAUCGUAAGGAGUAUGAGAGCCAGAUGAAAGGGAAGGUUCAGCUGGAGGUGGAUCUGACGCCGGCGUAUCUAUCGGCUCGUCACGCCAGCAGCCUCGUCAGUGAGAAGGAGUAUCGUAAGGAUCUGGAACAGGAAGUGAAAGGGAAAGGUCUGACAGGUCUGGAGGAAACACCGGAUCUGCUGCGGGUGAAAAACGCUGGACACAUUCUGAGUGAGAAGGAGUAUCGUAAGGAUCUGGAGAGUGAGAUCAGAGGGAAGGGAACCGACGUCACAGCAGACAGUCUGGAGAUCCAGAGAGCCAAGAAAGCGUCUGAGAUCAGCAGCGACGUGUCGUACAGACAGGCGUCUCAGCACAGAGACUCAUCAUACAGUACAGUGACAGACACCCCUGCACUGCUGCACGCCGCUUACCUGAGAGACGUCUACAGUCAGAAGAAGUACCGUGGUGACAUGGAGCGUCUGAAGGGCUCGUGUUCUGCUGCAUCAGACACACCAGAGAUCCAGAGAGUGAAGAACAACCAGCGCAACAUCAGCGCACUCUUCUACAUGUGGGACUCGCGGCUGAUGAAGGGUCUGAUGUCAGCGAUCACUGACUCUCCAGAGAUCAAACUGGCCCGAGAAAACACCAAGAACAUCAGUGACGUUCAGUACAGGGAGUCUGUCGGAUCCGGAACAGCCGUGACUGACACUCCUGAGAUGGAGCGCGUGCGCAGGAACCAGCACAACAUCAGUGACGUUAAGUAUCACGAGGAGUUCGAGCGCUCGCGGGGUCGAGGCGCUACACACACUCUCGAUGAUCAGCACAUGGCACGUCUCCAUGGAGACCAGCUGAUGGGCGCCGGCGACGGUUACCAUGGCGUCCAGCCGCAGGUGGUUGAGAUGGACCGCAGGUCAGCAGGAGCCGCUGAGCUGAAGGUCUGGAGGACUGAUCCGGGAUCCAUCUUUGACUUUGAUCCAGUGGAGGACAAUAUUCAGUCUAAAAGCCUGCGCAGGAUGACGGGUACCGCAGACGCACAACUGUACACUGACCGCCAGCCGCGGGGGGUACCUGUGGUAACACGAGUGUGUGUGUGUGUGUGUGUGUGUGUUAGACGUCGGCCGUGGCCCCCACAGACGUCUGCGCAGUCGCUGUGCAGUUCUCCAGGCUCAGAGCUGUGGGCCGAUCGCAGUGCGUCCGUCUGCAGCAGCGCUUCUGCACUGCAGGACCGAUCCGCUUCAGGUGUGUACCAGCAUCACUCCCAUCAUCCUCAGCAGGGAUACGGACGCAGCGCUCAGUCUCCUCCGCACUCAGCCUCCAUGCAGAGGGUGUACCGGGCGCUGUAUGAUUACGCCGCUCAGGAUCACGACGAGGUCUCCUUCCGUGACGGUGACGUGAUCAUUAACGCGCAGCCCAUCGAUGAGGGAUGGAUGUUCGGCACGGUCCAGCGCACCGGGAAGUCCGGCAUGCUUCCGGCCAACUACGUGCAGUGUUUGAACUGAGAUCAUCAUUCACACAUUAACACACGACACUCACCUCCAGCGUCUAGGUUUUGACCCUAACGGCCUUCCAUAAGCACCUGUCGGCUGAGUCUGAAGUGGUUUUGGCAGAAGGAAGUGAUGUCAUCUGUGAUCACGCAUCAAAACCUGAUUAUUAGAUUCAUGUGGAAGCUUAUUUCUGCCGCAGAAUAAAUAUAUUAAAAAAGUGAUUGAUAUAUAUAUAUAUUUUUAUCUUGCAUUUCUGCAACUCAAAGUUUAAAUCACAAACUUUUUUCUCUUUAUCUUACAGUUUAGGCUUUUUUUCAGAAUUGCAAGAUUGCAAAAAAUGGGGACAAAAUAUCACUUCUGAGUUUUUAUCUUGCAGUUUUUACUUUUUGUCUCAGAAUUAUGAGGAAAAAUUUAAAUGAUCAGUUAGCCUACCUUUUAUUGAUUUAUUCUGUGGCAGAAACGAGCUGUUUUGGGCAGAAUAACUGUCUGAUAGUGACUGGAGGUUAAUAAUAAUCAAUAGCUGUUUCAUUGAUCGUUAAAUGAUGUUAGUUUCAUGUUUAAUAGGUGCCAAGCGAAGCAGAGCUCCUGCAGUCUUUCACUAAUGAUCUGUUCAACUGAUGGUUUGUUUUGGUGACUGUAAUGAGAUUUAUGUUUAUUAUGCCUUCACACAUUACUAGGAGUCUUCAGUCCCACAGACUAGUUCUGAAAUAAACCAGUAGCGGUGUUAAUUCAGGCUGUUAACUGGGAGGGAUGGUUCACUAACCAGUAACAGUUAGAUUGAUGAUGAGAAGAACACAGCAGUUCAGAUCUGCACAGAAGCCAUCGUCUACUGUUUGUAGAAACCACUCUUUUUCUAAUGUUUGUUUAGUUUUGAUGUGUUUUGAAGAGGAAUGAUGAUUAAAAGCGACCAGGUCUGCCCUGUUAUCUUUAAGUAUAGUCACACUAGUUUGCUUUGAUCAGCAUGAGUCUGAUGUCACUGAGAUAAAGAGUGUGUGUGUGUGUGUGUGUGUGUGUGUGUGUGUGUUCAGUUCUGAUCAUGACUCAGUCAUCUGUACACUGCACGUGCUGUAAAUAUGAUCUGUCAGGUGUUCAUUUCUUCUUCAGAGAGUGAAUCAGGAUCUGUCAGAUCUUCAGAGGAGUAAAGUACGUGAUAAAUGCGUGACACUAGAUGAAUUAUGAGCAGGCUGUGAGUGUGAUUGAUGGCACUGAAGGUUUUAUUUACUUUAUUAUAAACCCUCUCUCACUUAUCGUCACUAUCUUCUGUUAGCGUUAUUUACCUUGUAGAGUUUCGCAGCUGUUGAAUUGAUAAUCAAUAAAAAGCUUUUUGACUUGUCA